AUUGAAGCCCGCUUCACUUCUCGCUAGCUCGCGGGAGAGUAAAGAUGGCGGCUGUCCCCGGUCUGCUGGAUGAGCUUAAAUUACACACACAGAGGUGACUAAAGCCGUAGUCUGUCACGCUAAAUGCUCCGUAGACUCAGCAUUGUUGUUCUUGUCUCACAAUAACCACUUGGGGAAGGCACGAGACAUUCGAUCAUUAAAAAUAUUGCUCCCGGGUAAGACCGUAAGUGCGCUAACGUCCAGUUGGGACUUGGCUCAAGUCAAGGCAAGUAGGCAGGUACGCUGUAACGCCUAAAAAAUAAUAUGUUGCUCUCCGUGUGUAGGAAGAAGCACGCUAGCAGGGGAGAUGAGUAGAUCCGCCCGAGCCUAGCCCCGUCACUUUCGUCAUUAUUUCUGCUCCGAACAAGUUGGAAGUGCAUGGGGUGUCAACACAACGAGACGCCCCCAUGGUUAGUCGGCGGACUUUGCCACGGGACACGAGGCUGGCAAAACACUCAUUAUCGGUGUUGCUGUGACUGACUUGACUCGUCAGGAGGAAGCGGGCUCAUACUCUGCGCAGACAUUCAAUGACCAACUAUGAACUGUCAGACUUCAGGAAGUACUGUACCUCCCGCGGGGACUACGGUGGCGAGUUGUAAUAACAACUGUCCCGUGACAUCUGUCACUAGCAGCGGACCCGUGUUGUCCAAGGGGUCGAGCGCUGCCAUCGUGGCUCCCUUGUCAAACACCGUCAUCCAGACGCCUCUCCCCAGCUCGCAAGGUGUCAUCGCCUCAGCUCCCACCGUGACCCUCGUCAGGCCUCCUAUGCAAAGCGUGCACCUGGGUCCAACGUUGAACGGAAACAGUGAUGGGAUACGCGCGGUAGCGCCUGCGAUCAAGCCAGAGUCCACCGCCACCAACAUGCAGGCUUCAUCGCAGCAGACUGUCACUUCGGACGCUGCUGGUGCCCCCCCAGCGGCUGGGCCAGGUGGGAGCCAAACACUGACGCAACAGAUAUUGUCGCCUAGGCUCCCGCUGACAUCCACCGGGCAGCCCAGCGUACAUAACAUCCAGCUUCCUCCUGGGAUGGUGCUCGUGCGCAGUGAGGCUGGGCAGCUGUUGAUGAUUCCCCAACAGGCGCUGGCCCAGAUGCAGGCACAGGCACUAGGUGGCAUGGCACCCCGAACUGCAACACCAAACAUACCUCCAGGCCAGGUUCCUGGGAACAGCAUCAUCAGCAGACAAACAUCUCCGGGCAGCAUUAUCCGACCGGGUUGUACAAAUGCAGCAUCGUUGCCUUCCACCACUACUCUUCAUAGACCUCCUGUCCUUCAGAGUUCAGUGGGGAAGACAAUACCAGGAAUGGCCCCGAGAAGCCAAACAGCCGGGACCACAGUUACGUCAGUUACAAUGAGUAAGGAAACAAUGGAGAAUGUGAACAAAUGUAGGAACUUCUUGUCCACACUGAUAAAGCUGACUUGCACUGGCAAGCGAUUAGCCGAGGCUGCCAAUGUGAAGCAGCUAGUUAAAGACCUGCUGGAGAAUAAACUGGAAGCUGCGGAAUUCACCAGCAGACUCUAUAAAGAGCUCAACUCAUCGCCCCAACCGUACCUUGUGCCUUUUCUUGAGAAAAAUCUUCCCGCCUUGCGGCAGCUUACCCCCGACUCGGCAGCCUUCAUCCAGCAGAGUCAGCUCGCCCAGCCGGCCUCCGCUUCUGUCUUGUCCCCCUCACCGAGUCCCACCGCCGUUGUCCUGAGAAGCCCGGCUCCUCGCCUCGCCGCUCAAAUCACCCGACCCCAGCUUCAGCCAAAUGUUAGCAAGCCCGCACAGACGCCGUCACUUGUGCUGCAAACUCAGCAGCAAAGAGCAAUGCUGAGACCUCAGGUCCCUUUAGCCGUGUCCUCUAUGGUCAAUCUCAGGAAUCAGGCCCCAGGCCGCAUCUUACUGGGACAGCCGCAGGUCCAGCUCAAAGAGCUGCAGCCAUGUGAGCGAGACACAAGUGACCUCAUGGUAUCUUGGGUCAUUCUGUUACAUCUUCUUUCUGUCCCCUCCCAAGUUCCUGUGAAGUCGGAGGUGCCAGCUGUUUCUCGACCAAGCGCGGCCACAGUCCUGACUCUGGCUCAAAAGAAUAGGUUGAAAGAAGCCGGCGGUACUUUCAAAGACGACGACGACAUCAACGAUGUGGCCUCCAUGGCUGGAGUCAACCUGUCGGAGGAAAGCGCCAACAUCCUCGCAACCAAUUCCGAACUGGUAGGAGCAGUGACACAUUCCUGCAAGGAUGAGGCCUUUCUCUCCUGCGCUGUGUUACAGAGGAGAAUGCUGGAAAUUGGCCGCCGGCAUGGAGUGACGGACUUCGGACUGGAGGUGAUCAAUUACGUCUCGCAUGCUACUCAGCAGCGACUACGCGAUCUGCUGGAGAGCGUUUCCCUCGUGGCUCAGCAGAAGAAUGGCAAUUUCAAGGAGGAGGACAACCACGAACAGAGCAGUGAUGUUCGUUCUCAGUUGAAGUUUUUUGAGCAGCUGGAGCAGUUAGAGAAACAGCGGAAGGAAGAACAGGAGAGAGAGAUCCUCUUGAAGGCAGCUAAGUCUCGAGCCCGUCAAGAAGACCCAGAGCAGCUCCGUCUGAAACAGAAAGCAAAAGAGAUGCAGCAGCAGGAGCUGGCUCAGAUGAGACAGCGGGAGGCCAAUUUGACCGCCUUGGCAGCCAUCGGCCCGAGAAAGAAGAGGAAGAUUCCCGAUUUACCGUCGUCCACUGCUCUCUCAGAGGGAUCAGGCGGCAAUCUUUCCGGGGGUGCCGGCUCAUCAGGCUCCAGGCCUACGCGGCAGCGCAUCACGCGUGUCAAUCUCAGGGACUUGCUCUUCUGUUUGGAGAACGAGAGAUUUACCAGUCGCUCCAACUUCCUCUACAAAGGCUUUUUGAAAUAGGCUAGGCUAGGAGAGGAGGGAGAGUCGCGUUUGCGUGGAGAGAGCAACCCCUCUCGGCACGCUGAGAGCAUUCAAGGCUCCCCCAAAAAGAGAAUUUGUUUUCCCACAGAUGUAGGACCUCAAACAUCAAAGUAACUGUAACUAGAUAGAAUCACCUCUCUACCUCUCCCCCCCCCUCCCACUCACUAAAGGUGUGUUUACGCACCCUCUGGUUUAUUAAUGAGUUUUCUGAAGUGGAUUGAUUUCCAACUUAUGCAAGUAUGCGCUCUCACUAGUUUUAUUUUCUCGUUCCCUGUCGGUAUGUGCAUUACUCUAUGAAGCACUGAAAAGAACAAUAUUUCUUCACGCAGACUCCACACAUCUAUUUGAAAUCGAAAUCUUAUUUUUAAUGUGAAUUAGUAAAUGGAAUUGACAGUGUGACCUACUGAAUUGCCUUCCUAACUCAAAGCCAUGUAGCGUACUCUGCUGUAACCCCUAAACAUCUGGCUCCUCCUCAUUACUCAUAUACUGGAUUUUAUUUGACACAUAUGUAUUUAUUUCCCAAAUUUAUUGCUGAAAAUGUAGUUAUUUAUUUAAUUUUAUUUGAUGCAUCGUGAAUCAUGUAAGUUAAUUUUUCUUCCUUUUAACUCUGAAGGUGUGUAGAUUUCUGCAUGUGAAGAGUGCUUCUAUUCUAGUAAGUUUUGUCUUGAUUUUAAAAUAACUCCAAAGUGGAAGUCUAUUGAAUUUUAUUCGUUUUGUUUGUUUAGUUGCCCACACGUCACUCUUGUACUCUUUGUCAUAGAUUUUGGAGUUUUUUCGCCACAUGAAUAGAUUUUGUUCUUUUCAGCCCCUUUAACUUUUAGCAUCUAUGAUUGAGAUAAGGUGUAUAUUUGUAAAUGUCGCAUCUUAACUUUUACACAUUUAUAAUAGCUGCGAGAAUGUAACCAUAUAAUAAGACAAAUGGUUUCUUAAAUGAACAUUUGGAAUAAAUUAACAUUUUGCACUAA